AUGGCUACUGUCAUUACGUGCUUUGAUGACUUGCUCGACAACGACGUAUUGUGCCAGCUGUGGAAGAAUGACCCAAAGCCAUCAGAGGCUAUGUGGGAACCUUGUGGAAAUAUGAAGAAGUCCAACUGGAGCAAAUAUUCAAAAUAUGCAAGCUAUAACACCCCGUGGCUACUUGCUAAUGGAUGGGAGAAUGGUUCUAGCAGCGAAGUAUUCACAUUAGACAUGCUGGAAGAAAGCCACUCGGAGGCUUCAUUUGGUCAUCAAGAUUAUCAAGAAGCAGCUGUUGUAACCUCUCAUAACUUCACAGAGGUUGAAGAAAGCAAGCAAAGCAGCAACUGUGGCUCUGUUAAAUAUCUCUACAAAGCAUGGCAUCCUAAGACAACACAUGCCAAAUACAUACCAACCUAA